UCAACCCGUCAUCGAAAGGGCCCACUUCCCAGACGAGAGCUCUCAUCUCAGAAUCAAUGCUCUUAUGAUAUAGCGACCACUGCUUUAGGAUCUUCCCUUACCUCAAUACUAAUCCACCAAUGUCCAUUUCUGUUUCUGAACCUAAACAUAGUUAACUACAUGAUUUAAAACCGAGUUAUGACUAAGCGAACCUCGCCGCAGCCAUGACCCCACUGCUGCGUACUCUGCUUCUUCGCCGUUUGCAGACAUGGUCUCAUUUUCUUGAUCAACUAUCAAUUAGCUACACUACAUCAAACUCAUGUUUCUGUUCUUCACGUCCAAAGUCAUGUCCAACUUCACUCCCCAACACCGAGAACACAUCUCUAUUGGGGUUCUUGGAGCACCGUGGACCGGCAAGCACUCCUAGUUCACCGCGUAAACAUAGUUUCCUCGACCAUCACAUCGACAACGACGUAGUAUCUGCUAUCACUUUCAGAUACCCUAACACCAUCCGUAGUACGUUGCCAACUUAUUUGCCCCAUAUAUCGGGGACUCAUCAGAUUUCGACCCCACAGAUUCAAGAAGCGAGACCGACUACCACGAAGUUAGUAUUGCAGGAAUUUCAUGCGCUCUCGAAAUUGAACGGAUCGAGAAUAUUCGUUGGAAAACAGGCCCCGAGAGCAAUUCCGAGCACGACUUAUUGAUCUGGAAAGCCUGGUGCGAUAAAGUGCAAGCUAUUAUGCUUGUCUACGCUAUUGACAGCGCGCCCUCGUUUGUAGCACUCGAGAACAUGUAUCGCGCUCUUAUUAGGACCUUCCUAAGAUGAAAGAGCUCCAUGUCUCGAAGUCGUAGCCACAAAAUCGGAUGUGCCAGAGGAGGCUCGAGAGGUUAAGACAGAUGAAGGCACGGGGCUGGCCAGUAGACUUGGUGCUUACAGUUCCCGCAGGGAAUGCUCGGCGGUGGAU